AUGCUGAAGCGUCUCCUGACAUUUUACCAAGUCAUGCCGCAAUUCCUGGACUUUCUCUACGUCUAUGGAUCCCCACACGGUGAAGACAAAAACCUUCGCUUCAGUGGUUUUAGGACAGAAAAGGCUCUCAUAAAUCCCGUCCCGGGGACAUGUAUUCCAGACAUGGGCCGAAGCGGAAGGAGAUUCCAGAUUUGUUACAACUUGAAGACAGUAGGGCUCAAGUCUGAGCAACCUGGAAAACAGGUUGACAAGGUCUGGAAAAUCAGGCAAGCAGCUGUUCAUCAUCAGUUUGACGUCGGAUCCGGGGUCCAGAACUGGAUAUUCGGGGAUCCGCAUGCAGUGGUCAAAGGCCGUAUCCAGGAGCUUUUCCAUGAGAGUCGGGAACACUCUUCCAAGUUCGGAACGGUGGAGCAGUCACUGUUGUCAUCUCUAGAGAUACAUCUUGCUCUGGCGAGGUGGGCAACAUCAGAAUGGAGAUGGAAUGUGCAGUCACUCGAAGAAAUCAUUGACAAUCUGACACUCGAUAUCAUUGCCAUACAAAAGUCUAACUUGGAUACCCUUGAUUCUGAGUCCCUGGGGAGAGUCCAAGAGUGGGAAGACAAAACCAAUGAAACCAUCAUGGUAAUGGGAUCGAAUGCCGACAUCCUAACUCUUUUGAGGAAGUUCUACAAGGAGCUUAUUGAAGAUCAGAAUUUCCCGAGUUGUGAACUCCGAGCUUGUAAGCAAGCUGUCAACGACUUCGCAUUUCAACUCGACGAGAUCAUAUAUGAUACUCAAAUGCAAAUCUCCAGAGCCAAAGUCUUGGUGAAAAUUGUGGCAGAUAGAAAGACAAUUCUCAUUCAACACCUGCAGGCACAGACUGCUCUGGCUGCGUCGAAGCUCACAGCAAGUAUGUACGACCAAGCCGAUCGCAGUGCAAUGGAAGCGAUUGCCAUGCGUAUCGUCACAGUAGUCACUUUGUUCUACCUUCCAGCAACCUUCUCCAGUACCUUUUUCAGCACAGACGUUGUGAAGUAUCAAGAUGGAGUCAAGUUUUCUGGAGUUGCCUUUGAAAGAUUCCUCCAAGUCACCAUCCCAUUAAUGGUCGUCACUUUCCUCUUUGCAGGAGGUUGGUUCUGGUGGGAAUGGCAAAAAAGAACACGGAGCUCCAUGGCGACCAGAGAUGCGAACCCGGACAUUUUCCCACUGAAUGAGAUUGUGUCAGGAAAAGUACGGUUAUAG